AGUAAUGGACAACAGCCGCCUAUUUGUCGAAGUAAAUCGUAACCUGCGGCGAAACGAACUGAAAUGGGACCAGAAGUCUCAACGCAAGCAAGAGCUGGAUCGCCACAGAGCGGGACUGGGUGAGUUGCACCAUGCGACCAGUAUGAUCGAAAAUGUCACCGAAGCCGAUAUCAAAGGCCUUGCCGGCCGCAUCAAGCGCCGGAAACGUUGCGAACCGAUGGAUCUGGUUCAGCUCAGUUACGGCUUUCAGCAGAGCCGCGAAAAUAUUUCCCACUUUCUGCGCAUCACCGGCGCCAUCAACGUCAUCGUAAAGGAGCUAACGGGUCACGAUUACAACCUGCAGUUGCUGGCCGCUGAAUGUAUCUGCAACUUGUCGCUUGGCGAUGAUGUGUGCUGCGAAAAGAUCGCAACCUUUUCCGGCACCUACCUGAUCACACUGGUUGAAAACUCAAAUUGCCGUCCUCUUCAGCAAACGUGUAUGUGGAUUCUGCAGAACAUCGUCGGAUCGAGCCCGAAAGGUUCUCAGGUGCUCUUCUCGCAAGGUUUGGUCGUGGCGUUGGUUCGAUUGCUCACAACCGUCACUGAUCAGGAAGCGGCGGAUGAAAUUAAUCUCACCCUCGAGCUUUCGCUUAACUACGGCAAGGAAACCGACAACACGCUUGCUCAGAUCGUGCAGAGCGUUAAAGGAAAACCCUUCCAUCCCAGCACACUUCGUUUGCUGUACAAAUGUUUAACGUCCUCGGAGCAGCCGUUGCCGGACGAAUGUUCGAUCAGUAUCUGUCACGGAUGUCUCGACUAUCUGGCGAGCGUUCUUGGCAAAUGUUUUCAAUCGCAAACCGCAUCGCUUUUGCUCUGUAUUCGCAUGCUUGCCCACUACGUAGCCACCAACGGAUCCUAUGCACGAGUAAUCUUCGACUACCUGCUUCAAAGAAAGUAUUUAAAGUUUUCCACACUGUUCAACGAGUGUGCGGUAGCGAAUUUGGUGCCCGUUUGUAAGGAGUUGCUAUGGUUUCUUGGGCAAUUGCAAGCCGCAGACGGAACCGGCGAGCUAACGAACUCGUAUCGCGCAUUCGAUAAUUUCGUGGAGCAACUCGCAAUUCCAAAUGCCCUGCUCUAAGAAUGAUUGUUACAUUAAAAGUAUUUAUUGGACUUUGUAGAUCGCAAAACACCAUUAC